CCAACUUCCAAAUGCCUAAUUCUCCAGUCAAACUUACCCUCGUACCUAAAAAGUCAAUGUUCACAUCCCCCUUAUCCUCCUCCCACUAAUCACACACCAUCACCAACUCACCCCAAUUCCGAUCACCAAAAACCCUAAAUCAACAAAUGCCUUCUCACAACAUCGUCAUCCUCAUCACGCUCACAUGCAUCCUCUCUCCAACCACCGCCGAUGACGCCACCUGUCUACGCGGCGUCCACCGCUCGCUUCGUGAUCCAAACUCAAACCUUCACUCAUGGAACUUCAACAACCACACCGCAGGCUUCAUCUGCACCUUCGAUUUCAUCCGCUGCUGGAACGAUCAGGAGAAUCGUGUUCUCGAGCUCGUUCCUCGUGACCUAGGCCUCGUCGGAACGUUUCCGUCUGACGUACGCUUUUGUCAAAACUUACAGAAGCUAGAUCUGUCCGGUAAUAAUAUUACUGGAUCUAUACCUAACGAACUUUGUACAUGGUUGCCUUAUUUAGUUCAUUUAGACCUGUCUGGUAAUCAAUUCACCGGUGAAAUUCCGGCAGGUUUAGGCAAUUGUUCGUUUUUGAAUACUAUUAUUCUAUCGGAUAAUCAGUUAACCGGUAGUAUACCGGUUCAGUUUAGCAAUUUAGCUAGGUUAAGUAAAAUUUCAGUUGCGAAUAAUGAUUUAUCCGGUCCGAUUCCGGAAAGUUUGUCGAAAUUUGAUUCGGAUGGUUUUGACGGAAACCGAGGGCUUUGUGGCAAGCCGGUUGGUAGCUGUGGUGGUUUGAGUAAUAAGAAUUUGGCUAUUAUUAUUGCUGCUGGUGUGUUUGGGGCUGCGGCGUCGUUGUUGAUAGGGUUUGGGUUGUGGUGGUGGUGUUUUAUGCGGUCGAAGAGGAGGCGGAGUGGGGUUGUUGGUGAGGAUGAGGGGAGUGGGUGGGGUGAUGUGUUGAGGUCGCAUAAGCUUGUGCAGGUGACGUUGUUUCAGAAGCCGCUUGUGAAGGUUAGGCUGGUGGAUUUGAUGAUCGCGACUAAUAAUUUUAGUAAGGAGAGUGUUAUAGUUUCGACGGGAAGUGGGACGACGUAUAAAGCUGUACUUAGAGAUGGUUCUGCUAUUGCGAUUAAGCGGCUUAGCACGUGUAAGCUUAAUGAGAGGAUGUUUCAAGCUGAGAUGAACGCGUUGGGUCAUUUAAGACACCCUAAUUUGACACCUUUGUUGGGGUACUGUAUAGUGGAAGAUGAAAAGCUUUUGGUUUACAAGUACAUGUCGAAUGGAACUUUGUCUUCUUUGUUGGCUAAGCAGUCGAGCUUGUUGGAUUGGCCCACGAGGUUUAAGAUUGGUCUAGGGGCAGCCAGAGGACUUGCGUGGCUUCACCAUGGCUGUCGGCCUGCAAUCUUGCAUCAAAACGUUAGCUCAAACGCUAUAUUCGUUGAUGAAGAUUAUGAUGCUCGGAUAGUUGAUGUUGGUUUGGCUAGGCUCAUGACUUCUUCCGAUAACUAUGCAAACGAGAGUAGCUUUUUUAACGGGGAAUUGGGUGAGUUCGGUUAUGUGGCUCCGGAGUACUCGACCACCAUGGUUGCUUCUUUAAAAGGCGAUACUUAUGGUUUUGGGGUCGUGCUUCUGGAACUAGCCACCGGCCAGAAACCUACAAAUGUAGCCAUCGCCGAAGAGGGGUAUAAGGGUAAUUUAGUGGAUUGGGUGAGUCAAUUAUCAGGUGCAGGGCAGAUCAAAACCGCUAUAGAUAAGAACAUUCGAGGCAAAGGUGAUGAUGAAAAAAUCGUUGAAUUUAUGAAAAUUGCAGGUAAUUGUGUUACCAAGGCCAAGGCUAGAUGGUCAAUGUACGAGGUUUAUGAAGCGUUGAACAGUAUGGCACAAGAACUAGGUUUAUCUGAAGAUCAUGAUGAAUUUCCACUUCUUUUUGACACCCAGAAUGGUGUGUUUUGAGCCAAGAUCAUGUUUCCAACAUGGUCUGACUUGUGACAAAUAUCUCCAUUGAUUAUUACUGAUGAUGUAUGUUUAUUGUAGAUCCUAUGUUAUCUAUUUCACCUCUAUUCAUUUGAUGCUUGUCAAAUAUAUUACACGUAGUAUUCCAGCUUAUUUUCAAGGGCUUUUGAAGGUUUUUUUUAAUUGUUUGUAUAAUAUUAUAAUAUAAUUUUGUGUCUGAAAAUUUAAUGUUG